AGAAGGUCUGUCUUCUCUGUUCUGACGGGCCUCAGACUCUGAUAAAAUUGCCUCAGAUUAAGUUGAAAGUUCACAAGGAUGCUAGAGAUCUCGAGAUGGACGCGAAUAGGCAGAACCUGUUACAGUUCUUGAAUUCGACGUGCGAAUGAUAUGGCCAUGUACGUAGUUCUAUGAUGUACAUGUUCUGUAGCAAAGCCCUCUGCUACCUUACAGGUUUGUCAGAAUUGCACAUUGGAAAUAUUACAUAACCACCCCUUUCUCCAAUAUGAUGACGACUUCAAUUUCCACCUUGCCACCACCUAUCUCCUUCUCGUCGUUGUCGAAACCGACUUGAGCCCACAAUGCUUCUCGAUCCACUCAAUGCUGUCAGAGAAGAUAUCAAGGGCAACGGCAUCAUUCCAGACGUUAUUCCUGUUGACCCUCCUUUCCAUCCCAAGGCUUUGCUCGUCGUGACCUUCCCUACUGGCCAAGAGGCCCUUCUUGGGAAUACGCUCACAAAAACAGACACCGAUGACGAACCAACUGUUGCGUUCACCCCAAUGCAGGUGCCGGAUGUCGCUGAUGAACCCACCUAUACGCUCGUCAUGACAGACCCAGACGCUCCAUCCAGGGUAAACCCGAAAUUCAGAGAGUGGCGGCACUGGGUGGUUACUGGCGUAAAAGCACCUCCGACGUCAGUCAUUGAGACGGGCAAUCUUGCUGCACAACUCACCAAACCCGCUGUGACGCCGUAUUAUCCUCCCACGCCUCCUCCGGGAACUGGAAAGCAUCGUUACGUACUAUUGUUAUAUCAGGAGCCUAAUGUGGACUUCUCAAUCCCUGAAAAUGCCCAGGAACGCAAGAAUGAACCCGCGAAUAGAAAGAACUGGAAUGCAGCGGGGUUUGCUGAAAAGUAUGGGCUGAAGCUAGUUGGGGUCAAUUAUUUCGUCGUUGUAGGGGAAUAAUCGGAGGUCCCAAGCGCGGUUGAGACUGCAGUGCAUCCCCGAGUGGUUGAAGGGAUGCCAGAUCGUUCAAGUUAUAAUGAUUAAGAAAAUUUGCUGUCGAUCUAACAAGCUUCAAUGCUACUUCAAUUGGAUGCGUUAAAUUUGGUAGCGGCAGGAUCUAUCUAAGAGUACUAGUCGUUCCCUUCCAUGCAGUCGGAACUGGCCACUGGCUGAUGAUCGAUGAG